CGAAUUCGUCCUUUUCGGCACGUGGGCCAACCGAGCUGCAAUCCGCCUCGCUGUUCUCUUAAUUUUGCACAGUUUUGUGCAUUAUUUUUACUCUUUAACUCUCGAUUACACACUGAAUUAUCAAGGUAAAGUAUAUUUUCUUGUUGUAGCUUGUAUUAAAAUAGUUCGUUACAGAAUUUUUUUAUUUUUUGUGGCUCCCCUAUUUGUAUCCGGCACUCUCCCACACAUCACUUAGAAUUAACCUGCAAAUUGCACAUGGUUUAUGCGAUAUAUCUUUCGUUAUAGCUUUUCAUUUAUUGCUUUUUAGACGCAGAUCUCGUCAAGUGCUGGCACAAUCGAGUCCCUGCAAAUAAUUCCCUUCAUAUAGAUGUAAAAGAUCCAUAAAUUGUGACGAACAAUUAGUUAUAAGUUACCUCUCAGGCUAUGUCAGCUGUUUUACAAAAUUGAAGUCGCAAAAAUACUGUAUUUUAGAAAAAAAUGCAUUUCUUUCACGUAGAAAAAAAAGGUUUAAAUAAGCCCAAUGAGUUUGAUGCGUUUUUACAUGUGCAGAAUCAGAAAAUAAGACUUCGUUGAACUUAUGCAACUUAAGGGGUCGAUUGCAUAAUAUGCAUGUUAUAUGUGUGCAUGUUUAAAUAGUGCAGAGUGUAUAGGUGCCAGAGGUGUUUGUCUGUGUUUCUUAAACUGUGGUUGUAGUUUAUUUUAUUAUACAUAUUUUCAGUUGUACUGAACUUAAACCAGCUGGUUUAGUUCAGUGAAAUCACACAUACAAAACCACUCUAAGACCAGGUUAAUAUCAUUUAACUCCAAACCAUGACAUCAACUGACCUGCUAUGCAACUGCUAUGUUCCUUAGUUAUCACUGGAGUGAGGCUUUUAAAAAGAAAUAAUAUUGUAACACACAAAAGCCUAUUUUUAUUGCAAGUCCCCAUAAUUACACAGUUAUGUUGUUAGGGUUAACUUUUUUCAGUUUUUUUUUCCUGGCCCCGGUUGUUCAAAAGUUGGAUUGCGCUAUCGACCGGAUAAAUCGCUAUCUUUUGGAUAAGUGCUAGGGAAACCAAUAGCGUUAUACAGUGGAUUGCGAUUUAUCCAGUGGAUAGUGUUAUCUACCUUCUGAACCACAGGAGAAAAUAACAGAUUCCCAUUUUUGGAUAUUUUAGGGUAUUUAAAGAAUACCCAUAAAAAAUCCCAAAUUUGGCAAAGUGAGACAAGUCCCAACCAGGGAAUUCCCAACCAAGUUCCCUGGUUAGGACUUGUCUCACUCUUCCAAAUUUGGGAGUUUUUGUGGGUAUUCUUUAAAUACCCUAAAAUAUCCAAAAAUGGGAAUCUGUUAUUUUUUCCUGUGAACAAUUGGCUCCUGAUAGUCACAUUCCUGUUUGCAGAAUGUAUCGUCUACCUAGUUUGAUCCGUCCUGCCCAGCAGCGGAUUUCUCUCAAAAUCCUCUCCCCUCGGCUGGCCGCAGGGUUCAGCACUUCACACCGGCAUCAAGCUGCUAAGGAACUCAAGUUUGGAGGUGAUGCCAGGUCAAGCAUGCUCAAAGGUGUUGAUAUUUUAACUGAUGCUGUUGCUGUGACGCUAGGCCCAAAGGUUUGACAGUCUUGCUGUUUUUAUUAUGAACACAAACAACUAGGUUGAUGCCCAAAACAUCACAUUACUGUGUCUUAGUCAGAAUGUUGUAACCGAUGAUGCUGGGAAUUCAGAAAUGCAAUUUUUUCAAAUUUGAAUCUUACUAUUGUUGACAUACAUACGUAAAUAAAUACACUGUCUACAGGUAGCCAUUACGACGCCUGAAGGAGGAUCAUGAUGUUAUCCCUAUACUAAGAUCUCUCCUUACAGAUAACCCACCCAGCCCAGGAAAGGUUGGCCACACCACCAGGGUAUACGUCCCCUACUCUGUUUGAACAGCGGUGUUGGUUCUUGUGUGUCCCACAAAAACCAGAUAAGAGAAAAUGCUGUGAGAUGGGACCUACAGUUUUUUGUCCUUAUUCGAGAAGACUAAAAAGUCUAACUGUUUGGCGAUAUCGUUACAAAGGCUGCACUUUCUUCUCAGUUAUUUAAAGACCUGGCAUGUUGGUCUGGCCGGGUUUGAACCCUGGACCUCUUGCUCACCUCCCAACUGAGCUACAGUCUCAGACAAAAAUAGUUGGGACACUUUAACCAAACGCUGUUUUUUCCCAUCUCAUGCUUCCCUCGUCCCUCUCAAAGUUGUUUAUCGCGGUUUGGUCACCAAAUCUUGUACACCAACAUUGAGGGGACAAGGAGACCCCAAAGUGUCCCAACCAUUUUGACUGAGACUGUGUUUUUGAGGAAUUUUAGAUAUGUGACUCCUCGUUGGCUCUAGUGGCGGGAAAUCGCUAGGCAGGUAUAUGCACGUUUCGGAGCCAUUUUUUCGGAAAAAAUAUUAGAGAUUCCAAGGAUAGAAAAAGAGAAGACAAUUAAUAGAGGAAAGAAGUCUUUGUUUCUUUAAUUACAACAUUCCACGGUAUUAGGAAAGCUUUCUACGUAUUGGGUUUAAAGAGUGAACAACGGAUAAGUCAAAACUGCGCGCAUUAUUUCGCAGGCUGUGUAUCUUGCCGCUAAUAUAUUGUACCGGUGGAGACACGGUUGGACGGGUCACCAUAACGGGUCACCAUACUAUCCAGGGCGUUUUCUUAGACCUCUCUGGUAUAUAUAACGGAUUAAGAUAGAAAAGGAUAAGGUACUUUCACACUUAAUUGAAAUAGCCAAGGUUUAUAUCGCCUUGAUACAUGUAAGACAAGUUAUUAAAACUUUGAUCAUGGUGACACGAUUGUUCGCUGAAAGAAACUUAUAAAUAUCUUAAUUGAGUUAAUGUACGGUGACCCGUGUACGCGUUGAGUAGAACGCUUUUUUGGAGGUUUUAAGGAUAGGUAGUGUCCUCGUUUUAUAUGAUUCAUGUUUUUUACCUCAAGUCCCACAUUUAUGGCACAGUAGUUUGUUUUAGAGUUAUUCAGAAAGGUGUAUAUUUGGGGUAAAGAAUGAGAACCGAUGUCACCAUUUGGCGCAGGGCCAAAUUAACAUAUGUUGUAAACAACUUAUAAAAAGUCAGGGGUCGAUUUCACAGCAGUAGCCUGGAAUAUUAUUAAGAAACUUUUUGACGUCGGACCAAACAGUUACACUAUUGUUGGACACCCUUUUUACGCACUUGUAGUCAAUAGUAUCUUUAGAAAUUUAGAAAGAGGGAUACUGUUGUCGCUGAUACGUCUUGGGAAUAAUCCUGGCUUGUUGCAUUUUCAUCCAAACUGGACGACAAGUUUCCCCCUGUCUCUCGAAAUCGCUUAAUCGCUCUUUCAGCUGUCUUUCGCCUCUUGCCCUUUAGUUAGAAAGGCGUCCCUUUGAGCCUUGUUCCUACACUCUUUCUUGGCAAAGAGGCCUUCUCUAUUAUUCUCCACACAUUUUUUCUAGAAAUGUGGCACAUUCGAGCGCCUCUCCGUAUAUGAAAACCCUGAAUCUUACGUAGAUAGCAUGCACGUGCUAUAUUGUCACGCUAUCAAUCGUACAGUUUAGUGCACACUCAGUUCCUUUUAUUUUCCAAUACUCUAUUCUGCCCAAGAAAUUUCUGCGAACUGGUCAUUCUUUGAGUUAUGUUGUUAGGCCCAAAUAACUUAGUUCACUGCUAUAGAAACGUUCGCGAAACACAAUAGAUACCCAACAAACCAAAAGCCCAUCGCUUGUGACCGACGUACCGAUUAACCUCCGUAUCUGUCAACACGCCUUCAAAUUCCUCCCCGAUACAGUCUCAGACAAAAAUAGUUGGGACACUUUAACCAAACGCUGUUUUUUCCCAUCUCGUGCUUCCCUCGUCCCUCUCAAAGUUGUUUAUCACGGUUUGGUCACCAAAUCUUGUACACCAACAUUGAGGGGACAAGGAGACCCCAAAGUGUCCCAACCAUUUUGACUGAGACUGUAGCUAGGCAGAAGAGAAAGGAGUGGUUGAGAAAUGUACUUGCCUCUAAAUAAGGAACUGGCAACAUCCCCGUCCACCAUCAAUAUUAUUGAUCUUUAAAAGGUUAAUUAAUUAAUUUAUUCCCAUUGAGUAGACCAUAGUGUCUGUUGGUUACUAAAAGCCCGUAAUAGUUUUGCUAAAUCUAUGUCCAAAGCAUUCUAAUGGAUGGCUAAUUAAGCAGUGAUUUUUGAUUUUGGCCAUUCUAAGGAGACAUUUUCCCAUAAUUAUGUGAGUUCUUUCUCAACAGCAUAUUACCUACUUUGAAUGUUAUGCCCCCCUUUGUUGUGGACAUUUCACAAGUUUUUUAAUAUUAUUAUUGUACCUUUAUCUGCUAUCAUUUUUCCUCAAGUUGAAAGCUAACAAGCCAUUCUUUCCUUUUUCAGGGCAAAAAUGUUAUAAUUGAGCAAAGUUUUGGAGGACCAAAGAUCACUAAAGAUGGUGUGACAGUAGCCAAAGCUAUUGAACUUAAAGACAAGUACCAGAACAUUGGUGCCCGCCUUGUGCAAGAUGUCGCCAAUAACACAAAUGAGGAGGCUGGUGAUGGUACCACUACUGCCACUAUACUGGCCCGAUCCAUUGCAAAAGAAGGAUUUGAAAUGGUGUCCAAAGGGGCAAACCCUCAGGAGGUCAGACGAGGUGGGUGUGGCUGAAGCCUAUAUUUUCUUUUUAGCCUCUUCAAAUGGCCAAUUGCACAAUUGGUUUCCCUCAAUUUAUCCCGCCGGACAUUAAUUUAUCCAGUGGAUAGAGCUAUCCAGCUUUUGAACAAAUGGUGCGCGGUAGUAGUCCUUAGACUGUCCUCAAUACUACUUUGUCCCUACUACAUGAGUGUGGGAGAGGUUUUUAGACCAAACAGAAGCUUUGUCAGUUGCAAACCCUUGAAGUAUAAGGUCAACUUUAAUUAGUGUUAAGUGAAAAAGGCCCAUGCAUAUUUGAAUGGAGGCCAUUGUCUCAUAUCAAGAAAUGAUAUUACCAUUGUGACACAGGGCUGUGAGAUGCAAGCCUCUUUUCUUCACUUCAACUUGUUAGAUACUUAGCUUUCUCUAGGAAGAUCCUGGUACUAGGGACAAACCAGACAAAAAUGCCAGCAGGUUGUUUAGUGGGUAGUCACGGCAAGACAAUUUUGUUUGGCAUUACCAGAUUGUAAAGAACUGCCAUCUGUUGCUGAAAGGUAGUUAUUAAGGCCAGUAAAGAGAGCAGAAGGGGCCAAAUUGCAUAUUUGUUAUUGUUGCCCACCAUCUAUAAUACCUCGUCUACUUGGUAACCACACAGACUGAAAUUUCUGCAUGUAAACCCAACAAAAAGUAAUUGUUCUGCCUUCUAGGAUCAUCCUGGUGCUGCUAGGACUUUGCUCCCUCUAUGCAAAUAGCCCCUUAGGGAAGGGUUCUUACUGCAGGCAGUAAAUGCGUGUGGUGUUAAUAAAAAAUAAAGGCUCGCAUACAGCUGUGUUGCUUUUGCAAAGUCUUCUUGUGUUAAUUAAAACUAUUUGAUGGUAUUCUUAACUGUUUUACCAGGUGUUAUGUUGGCUGUGGAGACUAUUGUUGAAAACCUGAAGAAAAUGUCCAAGCCUGUCACUACUCCUGAAGAAAUUGCCCAGGUAUAUCGACUAGUUGAACUUUCAAAGCUACACUAGAAAAAAAGUAAUAAUUACAUCUUAAUUAGUUCUAGGCAUUUUAAAAUAGUACAUAGAAUUAUUUUUCUACCACUGUUUUGAAGGGUUUGUCACCUACCAUAAUGAUUUGAUUUAGAGUCUUUAUAGCCAAAUAACAUCAUGCCUCGCUGAGAAGAGAUGGCUGUUUUCACAGGCCACGUCAUGGCAUAACUGACAUUUGACCAACAAUAUGAUGAUUUACAAUAGAAACUCCAUUAAGCGGCCGCCUCCAUGGUAUAGGCAAGUGGCCGCUUAAUGGAGGCUGGCCGCUCAAUAGAGUUUUGUCUUAAAUAAGGAGAAUGGGUAGCAGAAACAUCACGUGAUGCGACGGAAGAAGCAUUUUUGGUCCACAAUCGUUUAUCACCAUCUAUCCUGAACUGCAUUUUCCUUCAUCAUAUUCUUAAAAUGAAGUCGAACUAAGUGUAUCAAGCGCUUAAUGGCAGUUUAAUAGAGAUGACAACAAUGGGAGAACUCUUGUUGGGACGGCAAAAAUAUGGUAGCAGCCACUUAAAAGAGGUUGCCGCUUAUUAGAGGUUUACCCGUACGAAAUGAGCAGUGCUGCUGCAGCGCUGCAGAAUGGCUUCAAGAAGCGCUACAAAAGAGCUGUAAAAGCGCUGGGCUGCAGCAGCCGCAAAUUUUGGCUGCAGUGGAAAGCCCUUUGACAGCGAUAAACAGCGCUUUUGCAGCGGUACAGAAAAUUCCCGAAUUACGAUCUGUGCUGCAAAGUGGCUGCAAAGUGGCUUCGAAAAGACAAAGAUUGUUGUUACUGGUAAUGCCCUACCACUCGUUAGUACAAAAAAAAAAAAAUGCAGGCUCCAAUAAUACAAUAAUCAUGAUACAUGGUAGAGGAGUUGACAAGGCCUUAGUAGCAGAGUAAAAACCACUAGAAAGUCAAAAUGCAACUUUUUCUUUAUUAGUAUCCACGCGUACACGUUACAAAAGCACGUGACAUAGAACAAAUCUGCAGCAGUCUCGCUUUGUAAAUAUUUAGCAGUCACGGUCACUCAUUUGAAUGUAAGAACAUCCAUUAACAUGCAGACAUUGAAAAUUAUCUUUUUUAAAAAUAAAGAGAAUAACAGCGAUUGUUCUACAUAAAGUUUACACGACAGCAGCCAAAUGAUAUUUUGAUUCGUUGCAACGGGCUAAGCUGGAUUUUGCUCACCUUGACGUUUUGUCCAUGAUCCACGAUCUUCUACACUUUUUUCAUGAAAGAAAUCAACCCAAUUUUACUUUGGUUGUCCUUAAAUUUUACAAUGGACUAAGGAACGAACAUUACCACGAGCGUAUAAGAAUCUUGUAAGUGCGAAGCCCAUCUGAGAUUCUUGUAUCUGUGUUGCUUGCUCUGGUUCGAUUCGUCGAUACUUGGCGUAGAAGUCACUGUUCAGUGCGUUGUUUGCAAAUACGUUUGAGCUGUUCCAUCCAAAAACUUCAACAGAACUUCCAUCUCGAAACAGAACUAGAUGCCAAAAAAAUUAGAAUGUUUGUGCCUAGGAUUCAACGGUUGCAAAUGUUUGGGCGAUCCCGUGUUUGUCUAGAGAUGUAAUGGGAUCUCUUGCGAAAGGACCGACCAAUUAGAUUACGGCCUAGAAUAUCUCCAGGGAAUUAGCGAUAACAUUCCCACACUCGCUGGUCACGGAAUGAAAUUUAUUGAAAUCUUUAUUCCGAAAGCAUAGAAUUUGGAGGUUUAUUCAAUAAGUGAUCUUCCUUGCGCACAAGCUUACUCACAUUUCUUAGAGGUACAGUCAAAGUUUCCGCGUUAUAAAAGCUGUAAUCUGUGCCAAGGCUUUAUCUGGCGAUUCAUGUUAUUGGCGCUCAAGAAAGUCACAUCGACUGCAACUGAAUUGUAGCCUUACUGCAGCUACUUCGCAGCGUUUGAAAGUCGGCAACUGCGCUGCAAAACCGCUGCCGAAAGCUUCAAAGAGCCUUCAAAGGCUGCACAGCACUUUUGCAUCACGCUGCAACUUGAAUGAAGCUGCUGUUUGGCUUCUAAAAGGCUGCUGAACAGCUGUAAUAGGCCACUUGCACUAAGAGGUCACGUGACUAAUGCUUCCUUUAAACAAUGAGUUGGAAUCUUGCUGAUGCCAAAACUUGACAGAGCACAUAAAAAUUAUCUUACACCCGAAAUUUGAGAGGAAACGCAUUUACAGGGGAUAUUUUAUGGCACUUUGAUUUUUCAACAAAGUAGUAUCAUUUGUAUUGGCCGCCAUGUUGGAGGGCAUACUCUUGCCCUCCAUCAUGGCGGCCAAAACUACUUUUUGCUUAGAUCUUGUUAACGUUUGGUAGUUACGCUCAGAUGUGCUGUAAACAUUCCCACAUCAACUUUUCAACACUUUCCUUGAAGUUUAAGUGCAAAAUUUGUGUUCAGAAAGAGGUAAUUCAUAAUUUUAAAAAUCACAGUUUGGUCACGUGACCAGCUACGAACUCACUCAUUUUAAGAAAAUGGUAGAGGUUUGAAAAACCAAAUCACUAUUAUUUUGCUAAAAAUAGGACCCACUAAUCGUUUUUUGAAGAAAAAGUCAUGUAACUUUCAUUUUCAUAAAAAGAUGUCACAUGACCUCUUAGUGCAAAUGGCCUAUUUAGCUGUACAGCUAUUUUGAAGUGAUUUUGUGGCGCUGUACAGCGCUGCAAGUUUCGUACAGUAAUUCCUGAUUCUUUUCUACAAUAAUUCAGGACUUUGAUUACUGGCCACUUUGUACAGAGUGGCCGCUUGAUGGAGGUUCAACUGUAUUUGACCAAUCAUGUCAUGCUCCUUAAUCAGUGAGAGUUGAAUACCAUUAACUGGUCAUGAUACAACUUGCCUUGUAUCUGAAGACGACUUAAUUCCGCUUCAUCAGUCAUUGUCAACAACAGUCCUAUUCAGGACAACACUCAUCCGGAGGACCAUAUAAUCCCACCUACAUACGAAAUGAGUCCCGGGGUCAAACCUUUCACUAUGAUACAUUUUUUAUGCAGUGUUCAUUUUAGAAUUAUAAAUUUUAUUUAUGAGACACGCCAUCAACUUAUGCACCUAUCAAUGUAAACCCUGUGGGGGGGGGGGAGUGCGGGCAAGGGGUGGGGAUUUGACAAAUUUUAAAAUUUUUCGAUCAAAUUCCCCAGGGUGGGAAACGAAAGGUCAAUCAAAAGUGUCAAAAAAGCCUCCACCCCAGGGGAAAAAAUCUAAACAAACAGUGCUAUAAUACUAUAUAAAACGAAUAAAAGAACAUUUCAAACACGUUGUUACUACUUUUAUUUACGGUUAACGGAAGCUCCAUUAAAUUACUCGUUGUAAUUAAGUAUUUUCUCUCUCCACUAGCAUCUCUUAUCUUGAACAACAAAAUUACUCCCGGAAGAUUGACUGUGCUAUAUAAUAUUAAUAAAACUUAAAAUGCUUUAUAACAUCUGCUCAACAUGUCGGAACAGGUCGGAUCAGUGACCCAUAAAAAAUCCUCUGACUUUCGUGGUGGAAUUCGAUUUCAAUCGAGUUUUACAAUCAGAUGGGAACUUGAAGAUAAAAACUUUCUCAAAAUAGACAUUAUCUGUUUAGAUGACAGUUUAAAGUAUCGGAUUAUGGCGAUUAAAACAAAUGAAAACUUCAUACCUUUCUCCAACAGCGUGACUUUCAGGAAGCCUCGAGGGACGGACUUGGUAACUGCUUCUAAAUUGAUACCGGGCUUUUGUCGGUCAAAGUCAAAUGUCCCGACCCCGGGGUCGCUUCGCACGAUCAAAAGCCCGAUAGCGGGGAUAGUCCCAGGCAUCAAUUCCCCUCCCCUUGCCCGCACUCCCCCCCCCACGGGAUUUACAUUGAUAGGUGCAUUACUUCUAGGUGGCAACAAUUUCUGCAAAUGGAGACAAAGGCAUUGGUGACCUGAUCUCAUCAGCAAUGAAGAAAGUUGGAAAAAAUGGAGUUAUUACCGUAAAGGUGAAUACUUCAGUUUCAAUAUUAUAUUAUUCUAAACAUUUGUGGCUUGUGUCAUAUAGUUGAUUCAAGAUUUAAAUAAUAGGAGAUUUGAUACCAGGUUAAUGUAUUAAAUUUUCACAUUGUAGGACGGCAAGACUCUUUAUGAUGAAUUAGAGGUGAUUGAGGGAAUGAAGUUUGACCGUGGAUACAUUUCCCCUUAUUUCAUCAACACAACCAAAGGUAUUUUGGUAACAUAAAGUGAGGCCAUGGCUAAAAAUAAUUAAAAGAAAAUAAGCCAACUAAAGAUUUUUAUAAAUUUAAGGGGUCAGUUGAAAUUUUUAUUGCAGUGAAAUGUUAACUGACUUGUCAUAUUUUCCAGUGUAGGUAGUUGUCUACAACUCUUUGCACAAUGUCAAUUAAUAAUUAAUUGACAUUGUGUGAGGAAAAGUUAAGUAUUAUUAUUAUUAAUUUGAAAUUCGGUCGUCUUUGCCUCUUUGAAAGAGUCUGAUCACUAAUGUUGCAUCCAUUGAAUAAUUACUAGCUUAAUCCUAUGACAAUUUUUUUUUUCAGGACAAAGAGUUGAAUUCCAGGAUUGUUUGGUUCUUCUUUGUCAGAAGAAGAUUUCAUCAAUUCAGCAAAUUGUCCCUGUACUGGAACUCGCCAAUGCACACAGGAAGCCGCUUGUUAUCGUAGCUGAAGAUGUUGAUGGUGAAGCCCUUACCACCCUUGUACUCAACAGGUAUUAAACUAUCAUUAUUUUGAUAAAUGUUGUAUGUAACCCGAGUGGACGUUGGUGUAGGAGCCGAUCGAUGGGGCACUUUCAAGUGAAGAGUAAAUAAAAUAUAAUAUUUGAAAUACUUUUAUUAUAGCUGUUAUUGAGUUGAGCUGUUUUACCGAGACAAAAAAUUACACAAAAUGCUAUACGUGGUUGAUAUUUUUAGCUUAAUUAUAACUAUAAUGAAAUUCUCAAUCCUGAUUGGCUAUCAGCUGUCCUGAUUUCAGAUUUAAUAGGACAGAAUAAUAGGACAGCAAUACAUUUAGUAAACUUAUACCCCCGGUACAGUCAUAAUCCAACUGUGGAAAGUAAUUGUGUAUGUGAUAGGUUUUAUAGUUUUAGUCUUAGAAAGGUUUCAAGAAUGUAUUAUAUACUCAAUAUACUAUCUUUUAUUUUUUAUUUAAUUAAGGGAUACUUGUUAUGCUUGUAGAUAAUCUGUGUCCCCCAUUAGCUGUAUAUAUAGCUAAAUACUAUGACAUGUAAAUAAAGUAUUCGAGUAAUUGCACAGUAUGUGUCAGUGCAUGUGCACCUGAAUGUUUUUUUUUUCACUUUAAACCUGAAAAACGUUUGGAAUAUGUAGUACUUUACUUUUUAAAAAGCUGCAGAUAUCACUAAUUUUGCUUAAGUUGUGAUUAUUAAUAAGAACGGACUCCCUCUAUGUAGUCAUCUCAUUUUUGACCACUUUUAUGAUUACAGACUGAAUUACACUCCACUCAGUCCUGUUACCAUAAUAAUGAUAACUAAGAUGUCUUUUCUUCAAUUUUCUAGACUUAAGGUUGGUCUACAGGUGGCGGCAGUUAAGGCCCCAGGAUUUGGCGACAAUCGUAAAAACACUCUUCAAGACAUGGCCAUUUCCAUGGGUGGUGUGGUGUCUGAUGAUGAUGCUCUGGGAAGAAAACUUGAAAAUGUCUCAAUAGAGGAUCUUGGUGAAGUGGGAGAGGUGUUAAUCACCAAGGACGACACUUUGUUCUUGAAAGGCAAAGGAGAAAAAGAGGAUGUUGAAUCAAGGUGUGCUCAACUGAGGGAAGACUUGGAGAUGACAACAUCAGAAUAUGAAAAGGAGAAAAUAAAUGAAAGACUGGCCAAACUUUCUGAUGGUGUUGCCAUCUUGAAGGUAGGUAAUAGAAAUGUUUUUUCUAGUGCAUGACAGCACGGUUUUUACCUAACAGCAUGCUUCGGAAAUAGCACAUUUAGUAAAACUUUUAAGGAGGCUAACAACUUUUCUUUUUUGUGCAAUAACUUUACAACUUCAUAAGCUUUUGAAUUAAAAAACAGUAUAUUAUUGAUAAGGUCAACCCAAAGUGGUUUAUGGCUAUGCAAAUCUUCCAGCCAAAACGGAUUCUUAUCAGCCAUUGGUUAUUUUAGAUAUGGUUACUAUAUAUUUUUAAAAAUGACAUACGUAAUUCUUUUUUGAGGGUCACACUGUUUUCAGCUUGAAGAGAAGUUUAAGAGGUUGCACCCACGAUAUUAGCACAAGACGUAAUUUUUGACUUACACUCCUUGACAAUGUUUUUAUUAACUCGUUAAGCCCCAAGAGUGAUCAGCAUCAAAUUUCUCCUUGUAAUAUGAAUGCUUUGUAAAACAGAGUGGUCAUGAAAAUUACAGACAUGAUCACACAAGAUGAAGUUACUUGAUAUUUUAUCAACUUCUUCCCACUACCUCUGUAGGAAAUGAAUAGGGGCAACAAAUGAGAAUUCAAAUUUUGAUCUUAGGGUUUAAAGGGUUAGUGGUUGCGUCUUAUAGAUUGGUGGUUCCAGUGAGGUGGAAGUCAAUGAAAAGAAAGACCGCGUUACUGAUGCUCUUAAUGCCACAAGGGCUGCUGUGGAGGAGGGCAUUGUUCCAGGAGGAGGCGUUGCAUUGUUGAGAUGCAUCAAGAGCCUUGACAGCGUUACAACAGCUAAUGAGGAUCAGCAAAAGGGAGUGGAACUCGUCAGGCGAGCUCUUCGCAAGCCUUGUCAGACCAUUGCUGAAAAUGCUGGUGUAGAGUCAGCCCUCGUGGUCGAGAAGGUACAUUUAAUUGAGUACUAUUAAUGUUUGAACAUUUUAUAACAAGUUGAUUAUGCACUUUUGUUCUGUUGAUCGAAUGAAAACGCCAGACACAAAGGUAAGAAUCGUAUUUUAAUCACAUACACACACUCUCGAUCUAGAAUUAAAGUAAACAUGUUCGUUCGUUGGCACUCGGGCUUACAAUGUAAAAUAAGCAGAAAGAAAUCUAAAACAGCACUGAAAUUGAAUGGACACUCACUUCUACUCCAGCAUCCGUAUUUAGACAAAACAGUUCACACUUUACCCUUCUGGUUUUCUAGUUAGCAACUUCUGUCGAAUUAAAUUAAACAGAGUAUGUGCAGUAUAAACUUUAACAACGCAGGCGUGCACCUUUGAUUUUAAGGGGCUGUUUCAUGGUUGUCUAGUUCAUCUUUUUAAUAAUGCCAAUUACUUGUCCUUAUUCACUAUGGAGCUUGAGAAAUACAUGUAAAUGACAAUAUCAGAGGUUCGAGUAAAACAAAAUUGUUUCCCAAGCACUAUAUCAAACGUAACAAACGACAAAAAUGAACUUCGAAAAACUGUUAGCCUAGCAAGUUUUCAAAAACCACAAUUACAAUCUGUUUCAAUCUUUAAGUUUGCCAUCCGUGUUAGGCGUCCUUUUGUAUUCCCUGUGAUAUUUAUACCUUCGUUUCAUGUUUUAAGCAAUCAUUUUGAAGUUCCACUCAGUCUGGUAGCAGUUUUCACUGUUUGAAUUUAUAACUUUAGUGACACGGCUCCUUUAAAUAAUUAGACGGACUGUUCAGCAGAACAAACUCCACUCCAACUCUGAUGGUGAGUUCCGCACAGGUUGUUGGAACAUCACGUCUUUCCGGGAGAGAGACUGAGGAGGAAGGAUUGGCGCAGCCUUCUGUCCGGGAGGUCCCGAGUUCGAUUUUCAGGUGUGACCUCAAAUCCUUCUUUCGACUUCUCUCCUGUCCGUGUGGCUUUAAGUAGCUUUAAAUACCCGUAAAACUGAGCACUGAUGGGCAGGGGGGCGGGGGUAAAAUGAACCCACCGUCGGCCUCAGGUUUAUUAGUCAGAUCACUAUUUCAAUAAAAUAAGGAUUCUUUAUCUUUUUUUGCUUUGAGUAUGGCCACGUGGGUAUCAAUAACAUCUCUUUUUACCGAUUCUAGGUUUUCGAAAUGGAGGGUAACCAAGGCUACGACGCACUUAAUAACACUUAUGUAGACAUGAUCCAAGAGGGCAUCAUUGACCCAACAAAGGUAGUCAGAACUGCCAUCACAGAUGCUGCUGGUGUCGCGUCGCUCUUAACGACAGCUGAGACGGUCAUUGUUGAGAUGCCAAAGGAUGAGAAGGCUGACAUGGCUGGAAUGGCUGGAAUGGGAGGAAUGGGUGGAAUGGGAGGGAUGGGAGGAAUGGGAUUUUAA